AUGCCUCCAUUAGGAUCUAUAUUUUCACCAGCUAGGUACUCUUUUAAAAACCAGGCAUACUCCAAUCUAGUAGUCCCAAAUCUCUCCGGCCGCAAAUUUAUCUUGCCCCCAAGUACCCUCCAUCGUAGAGCACGCACAAUGUCAACUUCUGCAGUGAACACUGAGGGUCAUGUUGGUCAGUCUGGCAGUCAAUAUAAAAUCGAACGGGUCUUUCAGGAAGAAACAGAUCCGCCACGUCAGGUUUACCUUGCAACCGCUGGUGACCGAAAAUUCAUUCUGAAGUAUAUCCAUACGGUCAAUUUUGAAUACCUUCAAGACAUAAACAACAGAUUACACAACAGGGCUAGCCAUGUUCUCAAUGUUCUUUUCGAAUAUCUCGCCGAUCAUCUUUUACACCUAAGUCAAAAAGACCUACCUCUUGGGAUAAUCAAAAGGAUCCUGAAAGAUGGCCUUCAUGGGAUUGCUGAAAUGCAUGAUCAAGAUAUUGUUCAUACAGAUAUCAAGGCAGAUAAUUUCUUUGUAAACUGGAAAGCCUCCCAUAACGGGAUCACAAUCGAGAGGGUUCAGCUCGGGGAUCUUGAAGAUGCCGCACAUAUUCCUCCCGGAUCGCAUAUGAUCGGGAAACAAGCGGGAAAUUGGAUGUGGAGGAGUCCUGAAGCCCAUGCUAAAGGGCCUGUGGGUAAGCCAUUUGAUAUUUUCUCUUACGCUCUGGUUUGUAUUUGUGUGCUUUAUAAACACGUCAUAUUAGCGGUUGGGGAAGAUGAAUUGGACGAGGGUAUACAUCGACUAGCAAUUGUCAUUGAGCGCCAGAUAUCCUACUUCGCCGAUGAAGAGGGAUUCAAUAGGUUUCUUAAUUACCUUGGCGAUAAUCCUUGGGUACCGAUCUUCAAGGUAACAUGGGAUGGUUUCAAUAGAGAAAACCCGCGUAAACCACUUUCUCUUUGGAAGGGAAUCGACGAUGAAUUCAAAAGUCUUAUUUGUGCCAUGACAGAUUUUGAUCCAAGACAGAGAAUUACCGCCCGCUAG